GGAAGAAGAUUCCAUGCAAUGAAGGUGGAAUGGGGAUUUGAUCGAUUCAUAAGUCAAGAAGAUUUCAACAAUCAAGCAAAUGGAUAUGUUGUGGAUGACAUAUGUGUCUUAGGAGCAGAGGUUUAUGUAUGUCAAGAAAAGUUCAAAGGUAGAGGCGAUUGUCUGUCCAUGGUUAAAGACCCCAUUAGCUAUAAGCACGUCUGGAAGAUCGACAACUUCUCUUCUCUCUCUGCGGAUUGUGAAGACUCCAAGACCUUCAUGCAAGGAGAACAUAAAUGGAAGAUACAGGUAUACCCCAAGGGAAAAGGGAGUGGUAAAGACACCCAUCUAUCACUAUACUUGGCAUUGGCAGAACCAAGCAGCUUAUCUCAGGGUAGUCAAAUAUAUGCAGAAUUUACAUUGCGUAUCCUUCAUCAAAUCGGCUCAACACAUUACUUCGGCAAAGCCAAUUAUUGGUUCAGUGGAUCACAUACGUUCUGUGGAUGGCCAAGAUUUAUAUCGAUUGGGUACUUCAGUUUGCCUGGGGCUGGUUAUUUGGUCAAAGACACCUGUGUUAUAGAAGCUGAAGUCACUGUGCAUGGGGCUACUACUAAUAAUAUAAUGCUCUAAUUAGUAGUCUGAUAAUCACACCAAUUUAAUGUACUGCUACUGUUUAGCAUUUGAACCAUUUCCGUGUUCUUGUUGUAUCUAUUACUAUUGAUUUAAAGAGAGGAAAAUGAUGCAUUAAUUCCGUCUUCUUUGUCUUAA